AUGGCCUUAGAGGAGACCAGGCCCUACGUAACGUACACGACGACAGGGGCGACCGCCAUGCCGAUGGCUACUCCCAUGAUGGCUCAGCCUUUGCCCUCCAUGUCGCAACCGCUUACGUUCGUUUCGCCCGUCAUGCGCCCGGAUGAGCCUGUGUACGCAGCUCCCAUCCCCAUAGCUCCGCAGCCCUCGGUCUAUGCUGCACCGGCGGCUGCCCCAGAUGUGCCUCCGGUCUACGCGGCUCCAGCUACUGUCCCUGAAGUCCCGCCAGUCUAUGCUGCCCCGGCAGUUGAGCCAGCAAUCUACGCAGCACCAGAAGCCAUGCCCGAAGUACCACCCGUGUACGCGGCGCCUGCAUCAGCUCCAGCCAUCUACGCUGCCCCCUCUGCAGUUGCAGAAGUGCCUCCCAUCUAUGCAGCGCCCGCCGCAGCGCCGGAAGUGCCCGCGGUCUAUGCGGCACCGGCAGCGCAGGAGGUGAUUUAUGCUGCGCCCUCCGCAGCUACCCCAUUAUACACCGUGCCAGCAGCCUCUCCACCUGCGUACCAGUAUACGCUGGCAUCCGAGAGCGCGAUCCCUAUGCAGAUGUUUCCCGAAGUGACCACGCUGAACGUCACGCAUGCAGCGCCGCCUCCUGCGCAGUAUGCCUUCCCUUUGGAAACGCAAUUGGGGGGUCUUGUCGCAGCGCCCGCACCUGCAAUGGUCCGGUGA